CAAUAGACUGGAUUCGCAAAUCAAUGUUGAAUAUUGUUUACUCAGUUCGAGUCGAUGUCUCAAAGUUUUGAUUACUAUUUUGAAUUCAAUGGUCAUAUUCUUGGCGUCGCUUAUAAUCCUUAUAAAUCGAGAUCAUAUAAGUGUCAUAACCGGCGCUUUUGUACUCGAAAAUUGCAAUCAUUUUGUCAAUAAACUGACAUUUCUUAUACACGCCGGACAGAGACUCGUUUCAGAUCUCAUUACCAUUAGAAGAAUGCAUGAAAUGAUUGAUAGAAAAUCGGAAGUAAAAUCUGACGAUGAAAUUGUGCCGAUUGCGAAGAGUUGGCCGAAGACGGGUGACAUUGAAUUUUGCAAUUUCAGUGCCUUUUAUAAGAAAGAAUGCAAACCAGCGCUCAAUUCAAUUAACUUAAUAAUAAGAAGCGGCGAAAAGAUUGGUAUCGUUGGCAGAACCGGAUCAGGCAAAUCAUCACUCGCUAUGUCUCUCAUGAAUUUCUUCACAAUAUCUUCUGGUAAAAUACUGGUCGACGGGAUUGACAUCUCAUCAAUAAGUUUAGACAGAUUGCGAUCAGAGAUUUUAAUCAUACCUCAAGACAUCGCGUUAUUCAGCGAUACUUUGCGUUUCAAUUUGGAUCCAAACAAUGAAUACGAAGACAAACAGUUAAUUGAAUGCGUGAAUGAAGUUCGGCCUAAUUUUUUGAGCAAAUUCGUCGAUGGAUUGGACACCGAAUUAACUCAUCAGGGAUUGAAUCUAAGCUCCGGUGAGAGACAACUCAUUUGUUUGGUUCGCGCACUUCUGCGACGGAAACGGAUCCUAAUUCUAGACGAAGCGACCGCUAAUAUGGACUAUAAAACCGAUCAUUUUGUGCAUUCAUUGAUUGAGAAGUAUUUCCAAAACACAACUAUUAUAACAAUAGCCCAUCGUUUGGAUGCAGUGAUGAAUUGCGACAGAAUUAUAGUUCUGAGUGACGGCAAUAUCAUUGAAAGCGGGAAACCCCGGCAUCUCAUCGAUGAUCAAAACUCGUUUGUUUGCAAAUUACAGGCCAUUGAAAAUUGCAAAGUUAAAUAAAAUCAUUAAACAUUAUUUUUUAAUUAUUACUAAUUUAUUAUUUAAUUAAUUUCGAGCUAGAC